CAUUGUUAUUAGCAGGUAAUAGUCUAGUAGCCUUGCCUGUUGCUUACCGGUGUUAUCGUUUAGCUGUUCAUUAAACAUUAUAAUACUUCCAAGUUGUGUAAUGGCUUUUUAUGAAGCACAUGCACUAUAUCCCACCCAAACACUAGCACGAUGCAACCGCCUCGUGAGAAUGAUUCCCCCAUGGCGGCAGUGGUGAUAAGCCGAAAGGAUGAGCGUGGCGUCCCCUCUAACCCUAACUCCCCCGCACUUUGGUGCACCGCAUAAGGGACUGGCCCCCUAUAUUUCACGAUGUUCUCAGCAUCACUCUGUUACACCUUAUUUACCACCUUAUGUAGGUACGGAUAACGCACCUAGGUAGAGUACCCGACCACUUAAAAAAAUGCAAGAAUUCGAUGUUCUAAUCUGUGGCGGCGGUUCUGCUGGGCUAUGCGCCGGGGUCUGGCUCGCGCGGAAUGGAAUAUCGUUCCGCAUCUUAGAGAAGAGGGACGGUCCUCUUAUCAUGGGCCAGGCUGAUGGUGUCCAAUGCCGAACCGUGGAAAUAUUCGAAAGCUUCGGCCUCUCAGACGCGCUUCUAAGAGAAGCGUAUCACGUCAUAGAACUCGCAUUCUGGGCUGCGGAUGAAGGUCCUAAUGGAUCCGAGGAAGGUAAUAGUAAGGCCAAAGGUAUCAAACGAACACGUUAUGCCGCCGACACCGAGCCCGGGUUAAGCCACAUGCCGCACGUCCUUCUAAGCCAGGCCCGGAUUAACGAGCUCCUCACCAAUGAGAUGGAAAGUACGGCGGGGCAGUCGUGCAUUGAAUAUGGAUGCGAAGUUCUAAGGGUAGGAGUCGACAGCACAAGAGCCGCCGACCCCUCUGCGCAUUGUGUAACGGUUAUGGCUUCAAAAGGUGGCGCGGAACGAGAAUAUAGAGCCAAAUACGUUUUGGGCAGCGAUGGCGCCCACAGCACCGUCCGCAAAUCCCUCAGCUUCCAAAUGGUCGGAGACACAAGCGACGCCAUCUGGGGUGUCAUGGAUGUGAUUCCACGGACGUCCUUCCCCGACAUCCGAAAGAAAACUGUGAUCAAUUCGGAGGCAGGCAACCUUCUCAUCCUUCCCCGCGAAGGAGAUUUCAUGGUCCGGUUCUAUAUCGAAUUGCAGGGUGCCACGGCAAGAAAUGUUUCUUUGGAAGAACUGCACGAGCAAGCGCGUCGUAUCUUCCACCCAUAUACCCUAGACAUCGUUGAGACGGUAUGGUGGUCCGCAUAUCCCAUCGGUCAACGUCUCGCGGACCACUUCCACAAAGAUUACCGCGUAUUCCUCAGCGGUGAUGCAUGUCACACGCACUCACCGAAAGCCGGACAGGGGAUGAAUGUCUCGCUCCAGGACGGGUACAACAUCGGGUGGAAACUCGCUGCCAUCCUUCGUGGCCAGGCCGUGCCGCAGUUGCUCGAGACCUACAUAUCAGAGCGCCAAAAGAUUGCGACGGAAUUAAUUGAAUUUGACCGCGAUUGGACAAAUCUCUUCUCGUCGACAUACCGUCAGAAACACGGAAUCACACCAGAACAAUUCCAUGAACAAUUCCUCUUGGCGGGUCGAUAUACAGCAGGAACAGCGACCCAGUACAACGAUUCGAUGAUAGUUUCGGCGAAAACAAGUGACGCCGCCUUGGCCACUGGAUUGAAAGUUGGAAUGAGGUUUCCAAGUGCGCUAGUAGUUCGUUUUUCCGACGCUCGUGCGAUGCAGUUAGUCCGGGCUAUGCCGACUGAUUCUCGAUGGCAUGUUGUUGUAUUUGCUGGAGAUAUUCGGAAUCCAGAUAAUUUAGAACGAUUGAGUUCGCUCUCAACUCCCUUAGGUAAACUCGUCGACACUUAUACAAAACCCGGCGAUGAUCGUGACGCUACAAUUAACCUCCUCCUCCUCCUCGCUGGAGGCCGUAAGGAGAUUGAACAAAACCAAAUACCGACCGUCUUCAGACCAAUUAUAGGAAAAUGGGGAAUUGCAUCGCUCUUCAAAGUCUUCGUCGAUGAGGAAGGCUACAACUCCCCUCAUGGCCACGCAUACGAGAAAUACGGAAUCGAUUCACGCAAGGGCGCUUUGGUCGUCGUUCGACCAGAUCAAUAUAUUGCAAGACUAUGCGCUUUGGAAGAUGUCGACACGAUUCAUAAGUUCUUCGGCGGAUUCAUGGUUUAGGCAAGCGAAUUCUAUUAUGUAGACCUCCAGGGCUGCUUUUUAGCUAGAGUGCGCUAAAGUUACAAGGAAUUCAGCGCUGACUACCGCCAUAAUUUUA